AUGGCCUUUGUUGCAGUUUGUGCAAUUCGGCAUGCUUUGCAAUCUGCAAGAGCCGAUGCUAAUGGUGGCAAACGCGCUGAAUGGUUUUCUUUAGUCACACAUGAUUUGCCUGGAAAUACAUCGCUAAAUUUAUAUUUGCGGGAUCACCUUGGCCUGAAGGAUGUAAAAUUUAUGUGCAACGAAGGAGGAUGUGGUGCAUGUAUUAUUUCUGCUUCUAAUUUGCAUCCAGUCAGCGGAAGGAUUAUCAAUUUUGCUGUAAAUUCGUGUCUCGUAUCAGUAUUCUCUUGUCAUGGUUGGGAAAUAAAAACUGUAUCUGGUCUUGGAAACCAGAAAAUAGGUUAUCACCCAUUACAAAUAACAUUAGCAAAAUAUCAUGGCACUCAAUGCGGAUUUUGCAGUCGAAUGGUAAUGAAUAUGAAUAGUUGGUUGGAAAAUAAUGAUAAAAUUACAAUGGCCGAAAUUGAAAACUCGUUUGGCGGUAAUAUUUGCAGAUGCACAGGCUAUAGACCAAUUCUGGAUGCUUUUAAAUCUUUAGCAUCGGAUGCUGAUCCAGCUCUAUGUAAUAAAUUUCAAGAUAUAGAAGAUUUGGGCAACGUACAGAUCAAUCCAAAUACUAAGGGAUUGCUGAACAAAUGUAGUUUCUUGAAUUCGCCAAAUUAUUUUAAAAUUUUAAUCGAUGAUGCUAUUUGGCUGGAAACUGCAAAUGGCGUUUAUCGAAAUCAAAUAACUCCAAAACUUUAUAUCGAUAUUAAUGGUGUGUCAGAACUACGAAAGCAUAUAAUCAAUAGUAAUAUAAUUUUGGGAGCCAAUAUUAAUUUAACCGAAACCAUGCUGUACUUGACAGAAUAUGGUAAAGUUAAGGGUUUCGAGUACGUGGAGUUAGUAAAACACAUUGAUCUUAUAGCUAAUGUUCCAGUUCGUAAUGUUGGAACUAUAGCAGGAAAUUUGAUGCUAAAACAUCACCAUCCUGAAUUUCCAUCGGAUAUAUUGAUAUUAGAAUUGGUUGAGGCCAAAUUGACAAUCAUGGAUAUAUGUGGAAGUAAAUUCAUCGUUUCUCCGGCAAACUUUCUGGACAUGGAUAUGGUUAACAAACUGAUUGUGAAUAUUAUUCUUUCUCCGAUUAGAGGAAAAUAUAAUCUCAAAACUUACAAGAUAAUGAUUCGAGCUCAAAAUGCACACGCUUAUGUAAACGCUGGUUUUUGUCUGAAUUUAAACUCUAAUACCGAAACUGUGGAAAAAGCUAAAUUGGUUUUUGGAGGAAUAGCUCCUACGUUUAUUCAUGCAACCAAAACUGAGAAAUUACUCUUGGGUAUGAAUUUAUUCGACAACAAUGUUUUAAAGUCAACACUAGAAGCACUUCAUGCAGAAAUAGAGCCUGAUUGGAUUCUUCCUGACGCUUCUCCUGAAUAUAGAAAAAAAUUAGCAAUAUCUUUAUUCUACAAGUUUGUUCUCCAUUCCUGUCCAACAAAAAAUUUAUCAUCUAAAAACGUAUUUGGAAGAGAACUGUUGUUCAGAGGUUUGUCUUCCGGGCACCAAAAGUAUGACACAAAUAAAAGUAGUUGGCCUCUUCAGAAACCGAUUUCCAAAAUUGAGGGUUUGGCUCAGUGUUCCGGUGAAGCUCAGUAUAUAAUUGACAUUCCACCAUUUCCAAAUGAAUUAUAUGGGGCAUUUGUAUUAUCUACAAAAGCAGGAGCUGAAAUAACCAAAAUAGAUGUAUCAAAAGCUCUAGCAACAGAAGGUGUCGUUGCUUUCUUUAGCGCCAAAGACAUUCCAGGUAAAAACACAUUCAUCAACAUGACUAUGUUAUUGGCAUCAGAAGAAGAAGAAUUAUUUCCUGAAAAGACAGUGAAGUAUGUUGGUCAACCUAUCGGCGUAAUAGUGGCAGCAUCGCAGACAUUGGCAGUAGCUGCAGCAAAAUUAAUUGAUAUACAGUAUUCUCAUGAAGGAAAUCCGAAAAUAAAUGUUCAAGAUAUUAUAACGAAUGACAAAGAAAAUAGAGUCAAAUGCAAAAUGACAGUGGAUGCCAAAAAUCAAGGUGAAAAUAUUGAUAAUAUAAUCAGAGGUACGAUGGAAAUGGGAACUCAAUAUCAUUAUACUAUGGAAACACAUGUAGCAAUUUGUGUUCCCAUUGAAGAUGGCAUAGAUGUCUAUUCCUCUACACAAUGGAUAGAUGCAGUUCAAAUUGCAGUAGCUGAUGUUUUGAACAUUCCUGUUUGCAAGGUUAAUUUGGCUGUGAGGCGAAUCGGUGGUGGUUAUGGUAUGAAAAUAUCUCGCAGCAAUUUGGUGGCUGCAGCAUGUGCUUUAGCUGCUUAUAAAUAAGAACCCAUACGAAUCGUUACAAGUUUUGAAGAUACUAUGAAUGCUUUCGGAAAAAGAUACGGGUGUAUCAAUGAUUACGAAGUGGCUUUUAAUAAACGUGGCAAAAUUCAAUAUUUAAAAAAUAGUUUUUACCAAGAUCAUGGUUGUUCAGAAAAUGAAAGUGUUUUAGCAUUUACAAUGGGCGUUAUAAGUAAUUGUUAUGAUAUGAGCAGCUGGGAUAUAAAAGCUUAUUCUGUAGUAACUGAUACUCCGUCUAAUACAUUUUGUCGCGCUCCAGGGUCAGCUGAAGCAGUUGCCAUGAUUGAAAAUAUAAUGGAACAUAUAGCAUUUGUUCUUGGAUUAGAGCCAUUAGAAGUGAGGAUAGAGAAUAUGAGGCAAAGUGAUAAUUUGCUUUUAAAAAUUAUUGAUGAAUUUAGGAAGAAAACAGAUUACGACCACUGCAAAACUGAAAUUAAUAAAUUUAAUAAACAAAACCGUUGGCGCAAACGUGGGAUUUCCAUAGUGCCAUUAAUAUAUCCCUUGGAAUAUCUUGGUAAUUUUUGCGCAAUGGUAUGCAUUUAUCAUGGUGAUGGAACAGCAAUCGUAACACAUGGUGGAAUUGAAUGCGGUCAAGGAAUUAAUACAAAGGCUGCGCAAGUUUGUGCUUAUGCUUUGGGAUUGCCUCUGUCUAUGGUGCAAGUUAAACCUUCAUCGGCAUUAACUGCUCCAAACGCCUACUUAACUGGAGGAAGUUCAACGAGUGAAGCUUGUUGUUAUGCAGUUCUGGAAGCUUGUAAAACUCUGUUGAAAAGAUUGGCUCCUCUCAGAGAAAAAUAUGAAAAUCCGCCCUGGAAAAAUUUAAUUGCAAAAGCAUUUGACGAUGGUGUUGAUUUGCAAGCUACAGCUUUUUGUGACACAAAAAAUAAUGUUGAUACGUAUAAUAUAGCUGGCCUAACAAAUUGCGAAGUGGAGAUUGAUAUUUUAACAGGGAACGUAAUGAUUUUGAGAGUAGAUUUGUUGGAAGACACAGGUGACAGUAUGAGUCCAGAAGUAGACGUAGGACAAGUGGAAGGUGCUUUUGUCAUGGGAUUGGGAUAUUGGUUGAACGAACAAAUUAUUUACGAUGAUAAAACAGGUGAAUUAUUAACUAAUAGAACUUGGACAUAUAAACCUCCUGGCGCAAAAGAUAUACCAAUAGACUUUCGAGUAGAAUUCAUACGCAAUUCUAAAAAUCCCUUAGGUGUCUUGCGAUCAAAAGCAACAGGUGAACCACCAUUCUGCAUGGCUUUUUCAGCAGUAUGUGCUAUUCGACACGCGCUUCAAUCAGCAAGAUUGCAAGCAUCAGAAAAUAAAUCAGCAGAAUGGUUUCCUUUGGGAGCUCCAACUACACCAGAACAUGUAUUUUUGAAUUGUUUAAACAACUAUAAGCAAUAUGUUCUAUAA